CUGAAGUGUGAUAAAGUAAAGCAGGAAAGAACCUCUUAGUAGGUCUACACUUGUCGGAUACGUUGUUUUCUUCAAAAUGAUUAACAACUCGGCGUUAUGUCAAGAGGAGAUGAUAACAUAAACAUUGUAACACUUAUUUAAUCGAGAAACCACGGAGCCUACCGACUUCUGUCAAAAUCGCCAGUCUCUCGGUUGAAGAAGGACGUUUCGAGGAAUUGAGCUGAUGUGAUCUGAAAGAAAUAGAGUCAGGAAGGGCUCCUUGAGGACAUGAGUCUCCCUGACAAACAGCAGUAUCAUCUGAGAAGAGGACAGAUAGGUGACCCAGAGAAUCCUCACAGGGACAUCAUGAAGAAACUAGGCUCCACUGGGUCCAGUGCCCCAUCGAUGGAGAGUGACCAUUCAAAAGGCCUCCCACCUGAAUUCAAGGGGGAAGAGGAAAGCACCAAGUCCUGGGAUUCUAGUUCUGUAUCAACCUAUAGUGUAUCAAGUGGAAGGGACCAGUGUGAUGUUUGCAGUCACACAGCAGUGAAGACAUGUUUAACCUGCAUGGCCUCCUACUGUGGGACUCAUGUGAAGGACCACUACACAUCCCCAGACCUGGAAAGACACCAGCUACAGAACCCUCAAGACACAUCCUCAAAGUCUAUCAUCAGAAGAGAUAUUCCUCCUCCUGGACAGAUCCAGUUCACUUCAGUGCAGACAGACUCUGUGUCCUUAAGCUGGUCACCACCAGAGGGUGCUCCUGGACCCCACAGGUUCAGAGUGACCUGGAGAGGAGGUGAAAAGCAGCACAGAAUGGUAGUGGCAGGUUUGGGUCUGAAGGUGACAGGACUGAUUCCAGGAGAGAAGUAUAACUUUGCUGUGGCCACCCUCGGUGAAGAUGGCUAUCAGAGCUCAUGUGUGGAGAGAUCUGUUCAUACAGAGGUUCCUCCACCAGAGAAUCUCACUGUGGAUUCGAGCUCAUCGGAGGCCUCUGUGAGGUGGACCAAACCCGCCGGAGUGGACCAGAUAUCUUACCUGCUGGAGCUUUUCAGUGAUCAGAUAUGCAUAGGCUCUAUCCACAGAGAUUAUCCUAAUUAUACCAUCCCUGACAUACAACCUGGAAGAGAUUACACCAUCAGAGUGACCACUGUACUGAGCAAUGGUCGUCAAAGUGAACCAAGCAGCCAGGUCUUUAAAAUAGGUAUCAAAUACAUGAUAUUUAUGUGCUUAUCCACAAUGGACAUUUCAGCUCUGACUGCCCUUUGGAUGCUAAAUGUUGGAUAG